AAUUGUAUACUACAUAUGUGUUGUUAUGAAUUUUUGUUUUUCAUUUACAUUUGAAUCGAUUCGCACAUCAAUUGUCACAACAAAACAAAUAAUUGAUUUUAUUUUUAUUAAAAAAAAAAAAAAAUAUAAGACAACAAAACACAUCAUUCGGGCCAUUGAUUACCCGACCAUAUAAUCAUCAAAUCAUCAAACAAUCGACUGUUACCGAUGAGCGGCAUCGGCACCGACACCAGUGAUGCAAUGAUUGGUGUGGACAACAAAAAAGCCAAAUUAUUAGCCGCCGCCGAUGAUAAUAGCCAAGUGGUGGUCAAUGCUGAUGGACAACAUGAGUCGUCAGCGCCGGUUUCUGUCCACGAAAGAGUCGACAUACGGCUCGGGGAGUUUGAGUUCGUACGGGUUCUCAAUGAAAACAGUAGAACUAAAUGGAUUGCCAUCGAAGGCCGACACGAACAACAACCGGCGGUAAUCGUAAUGGAAAAGAUGGCGUUCAGUGAAGAUAAUGUCAAACAAAUACUCGAAGACAAGCCGUCGGCCGACUACUCGCCGGACAGUUGGCUUCGACGUGACUUUCAUAACGAUAUUUAUGGUAACUAUUUUGCAUAUCCUGACCGUUCAUUGAACUCGAUUAAGACGACAAUCAUUCAUCCGGCCAGUGAUCAACACAUUCACAAGUAUUUACGGCAAGAGAUGCGUGUCGUCCGCGAGACUGCCGAACUGUAUCGUACUGUCACUGAGCCGUACAUCCAGUCGCGACAAUUGUCACUUCAAUGGGUCCAAAACAUAUUGGACGGCAAAUCCGAAUCGGAACGGGUUGUCAGCGAGAACGCGGAUCCCGAGUCAGGUUUUGUAUUACUGCCGGACAUGAAAUGGGAUGGCAUUCAACUCGAGUCACUCUAUUUGGUGGCCAUAUGUCGGAAAUCGGGUAUCCGAUCGUUGCGCGAUCUUAACGAAACUCAUUUGCCGCUACUGUUGAAUGUAAAGCGCAAGUGUUGCGAUGCGAUUGAACGUAAAUACGGUGUAACCGGUGACCAGCUUCGGGUGUAUAUACACUAUCAGCCGUCAUACUAUCACUUUCACAUACACUUUACAUUGGUAUCGGCCGAUGAUUCGGCGUCGGUAUCGCUGGAAAGGUGUCACCUGUUGGACACUGUUAUCAAUAAUAUCCAAUUGUGUGCCGACUAUUAUCAACGAUCGACACUCAUAUUUGCGGUCAAACAAAAUGAUCCGCUGUUCCAGAAGUUUGUCGAA